UCAUCGUUACAAAAGUUACAGUUGGAUGGAAGCCAUGUGGAGACUUUGCCUGGGAGCAUCAAGCAUCUUCCAAAUCUGAAAACACUCUCAUUAAUAGGUUGUAAGAUGCUUCAAUAUUGGCCAGAGCUUCCUCCAUCCAUUCGACAUUUGAAGGCCCUAAACUGCACAUUGCUGCAAAAAGUAGCAUUUGGUUUAUUUAGUUAUGAGCUACAAGAAGAAAAACGCGUAAGUAUUUCGUUGCAGAAUUGUGUGAAUUUGGAUGUGGAGAACUGUAUUUAUUCAUUCCUUCAACAUGUAAGAAAACAGGCAUAUGAAUGUGAAUUUAGGAGGAGAGGAGUAGGAAGAGAAAACAUUGUAGUUUGGAGAAGUGACUUCUUUAAAAUUUGUUACCCGGACUCCAGAGUACCAGAGUGGUUCACAUAUCGGGCAGUGGGGUCUUCUAUUACUUUUGAAGUUGCUCCUCCUUCCAGUUACUAUUUUGGUUCGCUUCUCUGCAUUGUUCUCUCUUCGCACAGUUUGGAUUUCGAGCUUGAUAUUAAAUGCAGAUGCUACUUGGAAGAUGGAAAAAUGCACAAGUAUUCGCUUGGCAUAUUAUUUUUAAGUCACGUUCCAGUGGAAGGGCAUUCAGAUCAUGUUUAUAUGACGUAUAACUUCAGCGGAAUCUUCGAUGUGAUCAAGCUGGACCAAUUGAAUAAUAAGAUUGCCUCCUCCGGACAUAAACCAAAACUCACCUUUGAAUUCUUUGUUAGCAGUGGCAUGGCUCGGGGGAAAAAAGAUUUAAAUUUGUUGAUCAAAGAGUGUGGUGUCUAUCCGUUAAAUGGCUCCAAUAAUUGCGUGGAAUAGAUAAUCUUUUGGGGUUGGGGCAUAUAUAAACAAUAGGCGAGACCACUGAAUUGUGGGGUAUUGGAGUUGGAAGUUCCAAUAAGCAAGGACUGUACUCUCCCGCAAAGAUAAAGGAGUUCGGCUAAAUGUUACAAUAGCAAGGUUUCUGUCACAAAUGAGAUUGUGCACAUUGCACAAUGAAUCAAUUGGGGUGACUGUAGCGGCUGAGGAGGAGCACCAAGAUUAAGUAUUCAAGAGGAUGGUUUGUAGCUUUUCUCUGCCUGGCACAGCUGCACACAUGGGUAAAUGAUGGAAAGAGAAGUCAACGAAGAAUGGUGUCUAAUUCAGGAUGGAAAUUCUAUUCUCUGAAUUGCAUAAGUCAGUACAACACUACCUUAAAGAGUCUACAGGCUGCUCUGCUGCUCUCUUCUCUGGGUUCUCUUCUCAAAAGGUUGAAGCAGGAAGCUCUUAGCCCCAUCCGGAUGUCCUCCUGUUCUUGCGUUUUUCACUUGCCUAGACCCACAAGCCACAAGUCCACAACCACACCCAAGAAUUGGCAGCACCACUAGUGCGGCCCGGAGUUAUUGCUGGAGAAUACAACUGAUGGUGUCUCUGGUACUCCCCCUAGAUUGUGUGGUCACCUUAGGGAAGACAACCGAUCACAGCACCACCCAAAACUGCAGCAUUGCUGGCUCUUCAUUGGCCCUUAGAAUGGCAUCAAGGUGUAGCUGCGACGGAAAAGGAGUUUUUCUUUGAAUCUUUGUGUGAUUAGAAGUUAAAACAUAUAAUUUCUUUUUGAAAUAAUAAGUUCAAUUGUUUUUCUUAUUCUUAUGAUCUAAUUAUCCUUCGUUCUGCAAUUAUGACAUUUUAGAUUGAAAAUAUUUUGUUUGGUGAUUCUUGCA